AUGGCAGACUCUGAAUCGCCCUCCAAGCCCCAUGCCAUCACAACCAUCGCCAGCGUCGAGAUCGACCCUCGGGCGGAGCGGGCGUUGGUCUGGAAAUUCGACCUUCGUUUGCUCCCCGUCCUGGCAAUCAUGUACCUGUUCAACAGUCUCGACAAAUCGAACCUAGGAAAUGCAAAGACGGCCGGUCUCGACGAAACCCUCCAUCUCAAGGGGAACCAGUACAACAUGAUCCUUAGUAUUUUCUUUGUUCCAUACGUCCUCACUGCACCGUUCCUCGGCCUUCUAGGCAAGAAGUUUGGACCGAAUAUUGUGCUCCCUUGUAUGAUGAUUACCUUUGGGAUGUGCACUAUCCUGGUGGUGGCUGUAUACAACUUCAGUGGUCUUUUCGCUAUCCGCUGGUUCUUGGGUAUGGCGGAGAGUGCUUUCUUCCCUUUGGUUAUCUACUAUCAGACAACUUUCUACCGCCGAGGAGAACUAGCCCGUCGACUAGCUAUCUUCUACGCCGCGCAAAGCAUCGCCUCAGCAUUCUCAGGCCUACUAGCCUUCGGUGUCUUCCGCAUCAACACCGGCCCCCUGGCACCAUGGCGCUACCUCUUUCUGAUUGAGGGUAGUGGCACCGUUCUCUUCGCCCUCUUUGCACUCUGGUAUCUGCCCCGGUCAGCCUCGGAAGCCAGUUUCUUGACUCCCCAGGAGAAGGAGCUUGCAUACCUGCGCCUCCAGAUCGACAGUUCCUCUGUCGUGGGCGAGAAACUGAAUAUCCGGGAUGCCUUCCGAAUCUUCAAGCACUGGACCAGCUGGGCCAUUCUGGCCAUUCAAAUCUGUCUUGGCGUGCCGCUCCAGGGAGUCCAACUCUUCCUUCCAGUCAUCAUCAAACGUCUUGGUUACAGCACCGUCAAGACGAAUCUCUACACGGUGGCACCCAACGUUUCCGGUGCAGCAAUGCUGUUGAUCCUCGCGUUUUGCAGUGACUGGACCAGAUGGCGAUUCCCCUUUAUUGCACUGGGCUUCCUGUUCACUUUUGUUGGAUUUAUCAUCUACGCAGCCAUUGAUGUUGAGCGUGACUUGAGUGUUGCAUACUUUGCUACGUUCAUGAUGGUUUGGGGUACAUCGGCACCUUCGGUUCUCCUUGACUCGUGGUACAACAACAACAUUGCCAACGAGGGAAGACGUGUUGUGCUUACUAGUAUCGCUGUCCCGGUCGCCAAUCUGAUGGGAGUCGUCAGCUCCAAUAUCUUCCGCACUCAGGAUGCACCCAAAUAUCUCCCAGCUCUAAUUACCACUGCUGCAUUUGGCGGAACUGGAAUCCUGUUGACUUUGGCUCUUGGUCUGUGGAUGAUGUUUGAUAAUAAGAAGAGAGACCGGAGGCAAGGUGUCAGCGUUAAAGCAAGGGAUAUUCCCACAGAGAACCUGAAUGAGGGUCCUGCAAGUGACGACUUCCGGUGGUUCUACUAG